AAGACAAGUUUCCGUAGAAUAAUAAAUGAAAAUUUUAGUCAAAGAGAUUGAUUGAGAGAUUGUGAAAUUGACAAGGGGCUAAAGAUAUUUUUGAGGAUAGAGACAGAAAUGGGAACAUAAGAGGAAAGUGAUGACAAAGAAGAGGAUGUUGCAUGGAAGCUCGGAGAGAAUGUAGGAUGAUUUGACAAUGGAUGAUUCCAAACUCACAUAGUCACAUUUCAACUGUAGAAAAUUUAUCCAGAGGUGAAGAAGCAGCAGAAACUCAGCACAUUAAAUUGUUUGCAUCAUCUUCGACGCUGAUUUAUAGCAGUGAUUUUAUGACAGAUUUUCAUUUUUCCAAUGGUACAAUUGCUGCUGCAAAUAAUUCAAAUGUUCUUAAAGAGACAUUAAAGUAUAUUGCAAUUCAAUCUAAGUUGGUCAGUGUCGUUAGAUGAUAUACAUCUGAAGGAUCUAUACAGUAUGGAAGAUGAAAAUAUGAUGACAUCCUGCAAUUUUCCCACAUUUAUAACAAACGACGCAGGAGACCUUGGGAUUGCACUUGCUUUGUCAAAAUCUUUACAGGAAACUGAGCAAAUACAGGAUGUUCACGGAGGUCAGGAUAAAGCAUCAAAAGCACCGAUGUAUAAUUUUCAGGAAGAUCAAAAAGAAUUAUUUCAAAAUUAUUUGCUCAUAAAUCAUAAACUACCUACUGAAUCGUAUAAUGCAACAUUCAAAAAACGAAAAAUGAAGAAUUCAACAACUCUACAGUUAUCUAACUCAGAAAUAAAGGACCGAACCUUAACCAAAAAUUUAGCAAGAAUACUAAUGGAAGAUGAAAGUGUUGAAAUGGAAAAUGAAAUUGUCUCAUGGGCAUGUCCUAGUAUAAUAAAGCCAGUUGUUGAGCAAAAUAAGUACCUUCAAAAUUACCGUUUCGUUGAAAACAAUUUUUGGAAGUUCACGACGUUUUGGAAUAAACGUAUUCCAAGUCACCUGUUCGAAAAAGAGUUUAUGAUGAAAGAUGUUGACGAAGAUAAAUCAAGCGAAUUCUUUCGAUGCUUUCAAAAUAAUAGAGAAAUAGAAUCUAUACAUGAACAAACUAACACCAAUACAAUUUUUUCUAAAAGUCUUAGCCUUGAGAAUGAUGAAUUUCCAGCAGUCAGACAAACUGACCUAAAAAGUGGAAAUUCAAAAUCUUUGAAAUUUUAUGGUGAAGCUACAAUUAUAAAGAAAAGAAAAUUUGUAUAUGAAGAUGAAGCAAAUGAGGAUCGUGAAUAUUUAAACAUCUUAUCGAACCUGGUUGAUAUAUGUUUACACAAUGAAGAUAUUCAUAAGUUUCUUAAAAGAUUGCAGUUAUUUGUUUUAGAAACAGAGAAAAAUGAACAAAUAAUUUUUAAAAACAUUUCUGAUCUAGAACAUAAGCCGAAUACACAACAUGAACAUCAAAAAUUCUCAGAUUCUGAACAAAUGUUCUGUUCAUCAAACAAUAUAUUCAAAGAAAAUGGAAUUAUAUUCAAUAAAAAUGUGCAAGAAUUUGCUUUGGAUAAUCAAGUUAAGAGUAAUAAAGAAACAGGAACAAUAAAGUUAAACUUGUUGCAACAAAAAAAAGUAUUUUCAAAGUCCACGAAACGUGCUGAUGAAGUUUUCGUUUUAACAUCUAUGCCUUUACAAUUAGUAGAAGUAGAAUAUGGAAGCACAAGGCCUAGGAAUUUAAGAAAUGGAAAAACCCGUAAUUUAUUUUGCGAGAUCGUAAAUGCUAAUGAGUCUCAGAAACUACAAUCAGGUAUUCAUCAUUCGGUCGAUAUAGCUGCAAUCUCUGAUCCUAUUGACAGCGAAUUGUUGAUCAGCUGUAACAAUAAUACUGGUUUCGAAACCUUAAAAAAUAAAAGUGCAGCAAAAUAUACGUUUGGCAUAUUUAGCGACGAUACGCAAUCUAACUCCCUUUUAAGACACACAAAUUCAAGUAUAAAGCAAAUAAUCGAUCACAGAUUUACGGACGUUUGUGAUAAGAGUCAUCGCACUACAACAUUCACUGCUGACUGUGGAUAUGAAGGAAAUAUUUUAUCGCAGCGUAAUUCUGACAAAUUGGAAAUAUGUAACACAGAAAUCACACCAAUGUCAACUAAAUGCAUGGAUAAUGUCAUACCGCCUGGUGAUUACAGAAUAAUGCAGACAUCCAAGCUGCAGGGAGAACUACGCAAAUAUGGUCUGAAAACACAAAAACCUCGCAUAGCGAUACAAUUACUUAACCAUAUUCGUGGAGUAUUGCAACCAGUACAGUCUGGAAGUCAUGAAAUAUUACCUGUAAACACGACAUCUUGUAGGAAUAAUACACACACACUUGGAGAAACUUACUCGUAUAAAGUAGGCAGGAACAAAUAUCUCAGGAAUGAUUUAUGUUUGCAGGAUUGGAAGUUGACUCAGAAAACUAAGACUCAAGCAGAAACGUCACAAAGGGAUUUUAAAACGGUUGAUUUUCUAAAUGAGAAUAAAAAUCGUUUGAGUAGAAAUAGCAUUCUUGGAAUUUACCUUAAAAGUGAUGCUAAACUACUUAAAAAAAUCUUUAAAUAUCAACCGUUAGAAAUAAACGUUAUAAAGUUAUAUAUAAAGGACCAGGAUUAUAGAUGGAACAAUAAUUCAAUUGUGGCAUUUCUAGAUGAACAGGAAAUAAGUUUUCAUAAUUGAAUAUUUAAAACUUAUUGAAUAUAUAUGUCUGUAUAUGAAUGAAUGCAGUUUAUAAAAUGAAAAGUGACUAUAUCGACCCGUCAACAGCUACCGCUCUGUGUCCUGGUAACUUCUUUUUGGACGAUUAUUCUUCACUGUUGCGAGCAUAGGAAUGAUCCUAUUUUGGACUGGACUCCGCACAGUGCAUUAGAGCAGUCAGACCACCAACAACUUGUAAUCUCUGUAGUUGCCUAAGGACGUUAAUAUUACGAUUGCACUUGAAUCAAUAACAUAAUUUCAAUCUCAAAUUUUUUUACAACGCCAGUUUAGUAAUGAAUACCUCGACUACCAGCGCUAAAGACCCUAUUUUUCACUUCCAUUUUCUCUGUGUAUAAGGGAGUUGCAACAGUUGUACUUGGAAUAUUCUUUUUAACUAAUGGUCCUUAUCAUCGGCGGUCUUGAAGGUGCCAAACUUUCAAUGUUUAAUAGCCUAGAAAGCAUCCCUGGUUAGCGUUCAGAUUUCUCACCAAGUGCACUCGUCAGGUGAAUCUGUCAAAGGGGCAUGGUUUACGAAAGUGAACCACAAAGUGACAUGUUCUUUGAACAGGUGCUUGUGAAAAGCUUUGGCGCGAAUAUAAAAUUGUCAGCUUAUGUUCAUAUAUAAUGGGGAGAAAGCGAAAGAACAAUUUUGUGUGUGCAAUUUCAUCAAACCAAUUAUUGUUGCAAACGAUAAUGUUUACAAAAAUCUUAGAAAGUGAUGAAGAAGAUAGUAAUAUAAAAUAAUAGGAUUCGCCAUUAUUGGAUUUUAGUAUUCUACAGAUCUAUUAUUAUCUAGCGCGAAUCCUAUAUCUAUAUUCUUUUUUAGACUCUUCACAAUUUACUUUUCUUUUUAAUGCGGAUUUUAUACUAAUUUCAUUUAAAUCUGUCCAAUUUUCCAACUUCCCUCUAAUUCCUCCUCUCACCUAGCGCCGCUGAACGGUUUCGAGUGCACCCGAGUGCACUCGGUGAGAAACCUCAAUGAACCCCUGCGUCUUAACAGUAUGCUAAAAUACUUGAGGAGAAAAUACAGGAAAAUACAGAAAGCAGUCAUCCUUUGGUCGUUCUGUGUCCUCAGGAAACACGAGAAUUUUGCCGGAUCUUCGUGUUGUUUAUGGCUGAAAUUUAACCACGAUUUCGUUGAGAUCUGGUGCAGUUUUUCAGAUUAGCACCCGCUCCCGGCGAAAUCCUGUAGUUGUCGUGAUCACAAACUUUUAAUUAUAUAUAUAUGGUUGUGUGUGUGUGAGUGCAUAUAGCAUGGAACGACGAAAACAACCUUAAGUACUUUUUCGAAAAUCGUGUUUUCAUGCGAUGGCCCCAUGUGAGUGUUAACUAAACGUCAUAUAAAACGCUUUAUAUUUUGUUAAAUUUUGGUUGCGCAGAUUUGAGAAUAGGGUCUUUCGAUCGGGCAUGCUUUGGCUCUCUAAAAUAAUUAAAAUCUUUGAGUUAAAAUCCAAUUUCCAUGUGAAGCGUGCCGGGCCAUUCCAGGAAAUAUAUAUUUUUUUAUCACAUACUGCUUUU